CUCAACCAUAGACUCAGCAAAGCGACAAGAAUUGCCUAUGGAUGGGAUCCAUACGUACAGCGAAAUGGAAAAUCCGACCGAGAACCCUAGCAAAGCGGCGGAGUACCUUAAGGAACUCAAUAAAAUAAUCGAGACACAACAGGAGUUGCUGGAAAAGCAAAAGAAUCGGAUUGAAGAACUUGAGCAGCAAGUGUGCGAUCUUUGUAAAGAAAACGCUUGCUUGAAAGAUCAACACCAGCGGCACCUGGCCACCUGCAGACUACAGCAGGGCAACAGUCACUCCACGCUGGGAGCUAUAAAGGAAAAUGUGAUACAAGAAAAACGGCAUGCUUCUUUGCCCCUCGAUGUCACAGAUAACCCUGGCAACUUUAUCGCUCCACCGUAUCGCAGAAGUUACCCCUGUCGCAAAUGGAAGUCUGCAUCCUUGGGUGUGGAAGGUGAUGCUCAGGGCAGUGAGGCAGGCCCCUCUCUGGAGAGCACCACCGGAUACACAAGAGGUCCUGUGACGCACGCAGCACUGGUCAGCGGUGACCACUUUGACGCUCCGCACUACGCCCACGAGGUGCGACAACGCCCACGGAGGCCCAAGCUCCAGCACUCGCAGUCUAUCCUACGCAAACAAGCUGAAGAGGAGGCCAUAAAACGCUCACGCUCACUCUCCGAGAGUUAUGAGCUCUCCACUGACCUUCAGGACAAACAGGUGGAGAUGCUGGAACGUAAGUAUGGGGGGCGUUUCAUAACCCGGCAUGCUGCACGCACCAUCCAGACUGCCUUCCGCCAGUAUCAGAUGAACAAGAACUUUGAGCGCCUCAGGAGUUCUAUGUCGGAGAACCGCAUGUCCAGACGAAUUGUCUUGUCCAAUAUGAGAAUGCAGUUUUCCUUUGAAGGACCUGAAAAAGUCCACAGCUCCUACUUUGAGGGCAAGCAGGUCUCACUGACAGAUGAUGGUUCCAAGUUGGGCGCUCUGGUGCAGUCAGAAUGUGGCGACAUGGUCCCAGUGAACGUUAAGUCACAGGCUGCGCAGAGCGACUUCACGGAUGCCAUUACGGAGUUGGAGGAUGCUUUCUCCAGGCAGGUGAAGUCUUUAGCAGAGUCUAUAGAUGAUGCCCUGAACUGUCGUAGCUUGCACGGGGACGAGGGGCAACCUGAACCAAGCAGAGGUCACUCGGACAUGGACCGCGAGGUCACGUACCAGGUCAAGCCUUCUCAUGAUUCAGACCACCGUAAACUGGAUGAAAUGACGGCAUCCUACAGCGAUGUUACCCUCUACAUUGACGAAGAAGAGCUAUCUCCUCCCCUUCCACUCUCACAGUCAGUCGAUAGACCUUCUAGCACUGAGUCUGACAUUCGUUUACGAUCGCUUAACUCUUCGCAGGACUACUGGUCUCUGGCCCAUAAGGAUGACAAAGGUGACACGGACACCAGCUGUCGCAGCACUCCGUCUUUGGAGUGUCAGGAACAGAGGCUCAGGGUGGACCACCUCCCUCUGCUCACGAUUGAACCCCCCAGUGACAGCUCUGUGGAACUCAGUGACCGCUCGGAUCGCAGCUCGCUCAAGAGACAAAAUGCCUAUGACCGUGGCAUUGCAAGCCAACAGGGUAGUCCCAAGCACAUGACUUCACACGGGCUACCCCCGCGAGGACCCUCACGAGAAGAGGACGCCCCUCGUCACCGCGCUCGGCAGCUGGAAAGCCACCUGGCAAUCAACGGCACGGCUAACAGACAGAGCAAGUCCGAGUCAGAUUUCUCGGAUGGUGACAACGACAGCAUUAACAGCACCUCUAACUCCAAUGACACUAUCAACUGCAGCUCGGAAUCUUCAUCCAGAGACAGCCUACGAGAACAGACUCUGAGCAAGCAGACUUACCAUAAAGAAACGCGCAACAGCUGGGAUUCACCUGCCUUCAGCAAUGACAUCAUCCGUAAGAGACACUACCGAAUCGGCCUCAACCUCUUCAACAAGAAGCCAGAAAAGGGAAUCCAGUACCUGAUAGAGCGAGGAUUUGUCCCAGACACACCUGUGGGUGUGGCUCAUUUCCUGCUUCAGAGAAAAGGGCUGAGCCGACAGAUGAUAGGCGAGUUCCUCGGCAACAGACAGAAGCAGUUCAACAGAGACGUCCUUGACUGUGUGGUAGAUGAAAUGGAUUUCUCAAGUAUGGAGCUGGAUGAAGCCUUGAGAAAGUUUCAGGCCCACAUCCGAGUGCAAGGGGAAGCACAGAAGGUGGAGCGACUCAUUGAAGCUUUCAGCCAACGUUAUUGCAUCUGCAACCCCGGGGUGGUGCGGCAGUUUAGGAACCCUGACACAAUCUUCAUUCUGGCGUUCGCCAUCAUCCUUCUCAACACAGAUAUGUAUAGUCCUAAUGUCAAACCAGAGAGGAAGAUGAAGCUGGAGGAUUUUGUGAAGAAUCUCAGAGGAGUGGAUGAUGGAGAGGACAUCCCUCGCGAGAUGCUGAUUGGCAUCUAUGAGCGGAUCAGGAAGCGAGAACUGAAGACUAAUGAGGACCAUGUCUCUCAGGUGCAGAAGGUGGAGAAGCUCAUUGUUGGCAAGAAACCGAUUGGCUCUCUGCACCACGGCCUUGGAUGUGUGCUGUCCUUACCACAUCGCAGACUAGUGUGUUACUGCAGACUGUUUGAAGUCCCAGACCCAAACAAGCCCCAGAAGCUGGGUCUCCACCAAAGAGAAAUCUUUCUCUUCAAUGACCUGCUGGUGGUCACGAAGAUUUUCCAGAAGAAGAAGAACUCUGUAACGUACAGCUUCAGGCAGUCCUUCUCUCUGUAUGGGAUGCAGGUGCUGCUCUUUGAGAAUCAGUAUUACCCCAAUGGAGUGCGUCUGACAUCAGCCAUCCCAGGUGCAGACAUCAAAGUCCUCAUCAAUUUUAACGCCCCUAACCCACAGGACCGUAAAAAAUUCACAGAUGACCUGCGUGAAUCCAUCGCAGAAGUACAGGAGAUGGAGAAGUACAGGAUAGAGUCGGAGCUGGAGAAGCAGAAGGGCGUGGUGCGGCCCAGCAUGUCCCAGAGCUCGGGCCUGAAGAAGGAGACGGGCAAUGGCAAUCUGAGUCGUGCCAGUUUGGACGACAGCUAUGCCAUGGGAGAGGGCCUGAAAAGGAGCGCCCUCAGCAGCUCCCUCCGGGACCUCUCAGACGCAGGCAAGCGGGGCCGCCGCAGCAGUGCGGGAUCUCUAGACAGCAAUAUGGAAGGAUCCAUCAUUAGCAGCCCCCACAUGCGGCGCAGGGCCACCUCCAGCCGUGACUGCCCCUCCCGCGGACAGCAAUCCAUCCCAAACUCUUCUUCCCUCUUAGGCUCCCUCUUUGGCACGAAGCGGGGCAAGUCCCCAUCUCUGCCACCGCAACCCUCGCACCCGACCUUAAUCUCCCACACCCCCCACCCCUCCAACCUGCACCACACGGCCCGCGAGGGCGUGACCGUCACUGAGACCCAGGCCCAGAUGCACUCCCAUCACGGCCAGUUCUGCCACAUCCAGCAGAACCCCCCACCCUACCACCACCACCAUCACUUCCACCCACCCGCUCACGUGCAGCACCCGCCCCACCAGUACCACCCCCCCUCUUCCUCCUCACACCCCCACUCGCACGCACAGCACGGCCACGGGCCCCACCCCUCCCACCCCCCUCACUCCUCCCACUCCCAGCAUGCCCCACACCACCACGGCCAGCCGCCGCCAGCUGCACCGGCCCCUAGCGGCACCAAACCCAAACACAGCGGCAUCAGCACCGUGGUCUGAGGAUCUGUGAUGGACUCCUUUGGGACAGCAACAGUCUGUGGCAUGGCACCUGGUGGCAGCUCGGGAGGCACCCUUUUUUUGGUGGGCAUGAUAAAGACUGUGCGCGUGAAAGAUGGUGGCUGCUAACCAGGACAGGUUGGGAAUGAAGAAUAAAAGGCAUCUUGACUCUUUUCAUUUCAUCCAAAGCCUAUCUCUUCUGGAAAGAGAGAGGGGUCACACUGUGCAACAUUGGCCUUCUCUUCCAUUAUUACGGAGGGCUGUCGAACCCUGUGGGUUUACAACCCUUUCUCACACUUCAAAACCAAUCAUUGCUGAAGCUGUAGACUCCCAGGCAAUGCUGCUUGCCCUCUAUAGUGUUGGUCGAGAAACUGUCCUGAUUUUACAGUACACCUCAAUGUCUGCGAAUACAGAAGACAGUGAAGCAAGAGCAUGCACAAAGACCAUGGCUACUGUUUUAUCUUGUACUUAAUUACUUAGCUACUUAAAAAAAAAGCAUAAUCAAAUAUCCUGCUUACUAGUGUGCAAAAACUAAAAAUGUAUCAGUAGACAGAUUUUUGCCUAGAAUGGUAUGGUUCAACAAGGACUUCAACAAGUUAGUCAUGGAACAAGUCAGUCAGAAGAAGUAAGUGUACCAGUCUUUAAUGUAGCUUUAGACCACACUUGUCUGUGAUAUUGUCAG